CACUCCCAGGAUAGCGCUGUUGAUUAGUCGAGCAUAAUUCUGGGCUGGACAGGAAACAGGAGACGUUUAGCGUGCCUCGCGCAACAAUCCUGGGAAAGAGAAUGAGGAUGGGAAUAUGUAUGUAUUUUCACGACGAGCGGUUAGUUAAAAAAAGAUGAGGACAACGGGCACUACAAUUAUUUUAACUGUUUCACAUAAGCGUGUUAUUUGGACCAUUAAGUCUUUGGAACAAAUACCCUGAUUACUGCGUUUGGUUUUCAUCAACCAUUGGGGGGAAUACAGAAGAGGAGCCGCUGUUAAAUCCCAAUUUGACUGACAUAAAAGCUUGGUCCUGACUGUUGCGUUGGCUUCAUUAGACCUGAGUGGGACAAAGGGAGAGAGACACCAGCGAUGGCGGAUAUGUCUGAUGAUGAGCUGGACCACGGGGCAGAGGAGGAGGACAGUGAUAAGGAAGACCAGGACCUAGACAAAAUGUUUGGAGCCUGGUUGGGAGAGCUGGACAAACUCACACAGAGUCUGGAUGACGGGAAGCCACAGAAGCCGGUCCAGAAGGCCCCUCUCAGACAGGAAACCAACAUGGCUAACUUUUCGUACCGCUUCUCCAUGUACAACAUCAACGAGGCUCUGAACCAGACGACAGAGACCGUAGACCUGGAUGCCCUGAUGGCUGACCUGUGUUCCAUAGAACAGGAGCUCAGCACCAUCGGCAAGCCCAACACCGGCACCGCCCGCCAGGCUAAAUGUCAACAGCGAUGCCCGGGGGGUCGCAGCGCCAGUGUCAAGCAAACAGGCAGCGGUGGGGGGAGUAGCAGCGGGGGCAGCACCAGCAGUAGUACCCGGGCGUCACCGGCCUCCACCGUCCGAGGGGGCAGCUCCAACUCCCACGGGCGCCCGUCGGCAUCGAACUUCUCGCUGGACGACAUCACGGCCCAGUUGGAGCAGGCGUCACUCAGCAUGGACGAGGCGGCGCACCAGACUUCUUCCUCCUACUCCUCGACCACCCUCCGGCGCCCCUCGGCGACUUCCUCGUCCUCGCAGCACCGGAGGACGGGCUCAGUGGGCACGGUUAGUGAACACGAGGCGGGGGGCCACUCCUCGAGGUCCAGCGUUAAUUCUGCAUCCGCGUCCAGCAUGGACUCUCUGGAUAUCGACAAGGUGCUGUCUAGGACAGUAGGGGGGCCCGAGCAGGAAGGGGGUUCACAAGGCCCCCAGCCGCCACAGGGCCCAGCCAGUACUGAGCAUGCCUCACUACUGCGACGGGCCAAUGGUAAGCCGGCCAGACGGCAGCUUGACUUCACCUCACGGGAGGAUGAAGUAGAUCUGGACACUCACUCUUAUCUGGACAGAGAAACGUCCCUCAUUCUGAAAAGCAUUGCAGGAAAGCCUUCUCACCUGCUGACCAAGGAGGAGCAGGGGGCCAAAGUGAAGGCUGAGAAGAUCCGAGUGGCCCUGGAGAAAAUCAAGGAGGCGCAAGUCAAAAAGCUGGUGAUCCGGGUGCACAUGUCGGACGAGAGCUCCAAGACCGUGAUGGUUGAUGAGAGACAGACUGUCAGACAGGUGCUGGACAGCCUAUUGGACAAGUCCCACUGUGGCUACAGCCCCGACUGGUCACUGGUGGAGACCAUCAACGAGCUGCAAAUGGAGCGGAUCUUUGAGGACCAUGAGAACUUGGUGGAGAACCUACUGAAUUGGACCAGAGACAGCCAUAACAAACUGAUGUUCAUCGAGCGCAUAGAGAAAUAUGCCCUCUUCAAGAACCCCCAGAACUACUUGUUGGGGAGGAAGGAGACCUCUGAAAUGGCCGAUAGGAAUAAAGAGGCCUUACUAGAGGAGUGUUUCUGUGGCAGCUCGGUUUCAGUACCAGAAAUAGAGGGAAUCCUAUGGCUGAAGGAUGAUGGGAAGAAGUCGUGGAAGAAACGAUACUUUCUGCUGCGCGCAUCAGGAAUCUACUACGUGCCCAAAGGCAAAGCUAAGGCCUCCAGGGACCUGGUAUGCUUUCUACAGCUGGACCACGUUAAUGUGUACUACGGCCAGGACUACCGCAGCAAGUACAAGGCCCCCACAGACUACUGCCUGGCCCUUAAGCACCCCCAGAUCCAGAAGAAGUCCCAGUACAUCAAGUAUCUGUGCUGUGAUGAUGUCAGGACCCUCCACCAAUGGUUCAACGGCAUUCGCAUCGCCAAGUACGGGAAACAGCUGUAUGUGAACUACCAGGAGGCCAUGAAGCGCACAGAGGCGGCCUACGACUGGUCCUCCCUCUCCACCUCCAGCAUCCGCUCUGGCUCCAGCUCCGGGUCAGCCAGUCUGCCCGAGUCCCAGUCAAACCACUCGGGCCAGUCAGACAGUGGAGUGGACACGGCCUCCAGCCACGGGCGCUCCCAGAGCGUGGUCAGUUCCAUCUUCUCUGAGGCCUGGAAGAGAGGAACGCAGAUGGAGGAGAACACCAGGAUGAGGGAGUCCACCAGAGGCGCCACCCUCCCCCACCCUGUCCAUGCGCACCGCCAGACCCCACAACUGGAGCCCCCUGCGUCUGCUACGCCGCCACAACAGCAGCCGCCUCCCCAGUCUCGCAGCAGCUACACCCAUGCUGUACCCCCCCAGCCACAGGAGGGUACCUCCCCCCCGCUUCAACAGCAACUGCCCCCCCAGAGCCGCAGCGGUUACACCCAGGCCUUGCCCCCCCAGCCCUCCCCUCCGCCACCCCAACAGCUGCCCCCCCAGAUACGCAGCAGUUACACCCAGGUCCUGCCUUCCCUGCCCCGCCAGCCCUCCCCUCCACCACCCCAACAGCUGCCCCACCAGAUCCACAGCAGUUACACCCAUGUCCUGCCUCCACAGCCCUCCCCUCCACCACCCCAACAGCUGCCCCACCAGAUCCACAGCAGUUACACCCAUGUCCUGGCUCCCCAGCCCUUCCCUCCACCACCCCAGCAGCUGACCCCCCAGAUCCGCAGUAGUUACACCCAGGUCUUGCCCUCUCUGCCCUCCCCUACACCACCCCCCCAGCCUACACCACCCUCCCUGCCCCCCCAACUUUCUCCACCAGCCCAACAGCUGCCACCCCACAUCCGCAGCAGUUACACCCAGGUCUUGCCCUCCCUGCCGCCACAGCCCUUUCCUCCACCACCCCCCCAAUCCUCUCCUCCACCACCCCAACAGCUGUCCCCACAGCCCUGCAGCAGCUACAACCAAGCUGUGCCCCCACCUCCCCCGCCGCCUCCUCCCCCGCCGCCUCCUCCCCCGCCGCCCCUGCCUGCCAGCAGCACCCCUCACCACUCGGGCCCCACCGUGUUCGCCAAGUACAGCACCAUCACCCGGCUGCAGAACCAGAACGCUGCCCACCAGGCCGCCAAUCACCAUAGGGCACAAAACAACCACCAGAGCCCACCCAGGGUGCUAGCUCAAGCCCCGCCUCCUCCCCAACCGCUGGUCAACAACAUCAACGUCCCGCCUCCCCCGCCUCCCCCUCCCCCACCAUCCAUGCCUGCUCUGGGGUCGGCCAUGGCCGCACUCCGGCUCGGGCCCCCCACCCCGGCUGUCGUGCCCCAGUUCAUCCCACUGCAGAGCAACGACAUCCCCCCUCCCCCUCCUCUUCACCCAGACCCCAUGCCAGGUCUGUGCACAUCGCGCUACGGCGCCAACGCCCUCCAGCAGGCACUGGCACACAAGUUCCCCAGCGGUCCCCCCCAGGGCCCCUCUCCCCCCACUGCCAGACUGGUCGAGUCGCCCCCGGCACCGCCGCCUCCCCCUCCUACCCCACCGCCUCCCCAGCAAAUCUCGGUGCCGACACCCCCUCCUCCCCCUCCUCCCCCACCGCCUCCCCAGCAGCUCUCGGUGCAGACACACCCUCCUCCCCCACCUCCUCCUCCCCCACCUCCUCAGCAGCAGUACUCGCCCGCAGCUGCUCCCCCCCCUGCCCUACCCAAAACCUUCUCCCCAGGCUUUCUGCUCCACCACGGUGCCCGGAAGCCUCUCUACCCAGUUUCCCCUCUCCCUCCCGCCCCACCUGCUGCCCCAACUCCUCCCCCACCACCGCCGGUGUCAAUGAAGAAGCAGCACAGCCUACAGAUAGGCCACACCCCCAACCAGCCCCCUCCCACAUUUCCCAAGCAGCACAGCCUCUCCAAGCCGCCACCCCUGUCCUUCACGGCUCCGCCCACCACCACCUCCCUGGUCAAACAGAUGGCAGGCCAGUUCCCAGGGUCCACACUGUCAACCAAUCACACUGAGAGCCCCAAAGCCCCCCUGUCUCCUCCUGCGGUGAAGGCCAAACCAAGAUGGCAGCCAGGCGGUGGACAGGCCCAGCAACAGGCCCCAGAGUUCCCUCCACCCCCUUCUGAGAGCAGCCUGCCUUUCCCCCCUCCUCCCCCGCCUCCACCUACUCCUGUCACCGGCCCUGCCCCUGCCCCUCCUGCUCCACCUCCCCCUCCCAUCACUGGCCCCACCCCUCCGCCUCCCCCUCUCCCCCCCGGCAACCUAGGCUCACCCCUGAAGAGAUCUCCAUUGGGCUCCUCCACGGGCUCCUCUGUCUGGGGGGGCAGGAAGCCCCUGCCUGCCACCCCCCAGAAGGCCUCCAGCAUCAAGUCUAACUCCUCGGCUGAAUACCAGGAGUCCCGCAGGAACCUUCUCAGCAAGUUUGCACCCCAGUCCUCUUCCCCCUCCACCUUCCCGUCCUCCCCUGCCGUACCCUUGGGUAGUUUUCCCUCUAAGGACCCCUCCCCGGCCGGCCCCGCGGCGCCCCCCAAGCCAGGCAAGCUGAACCUGGCCAACCUGGCCCUGCAGGCCAAAGUGGGUCAAGUGGGCCAGCAGCGCCAGUCCACCGCUGACUUCCCCCCUCCCCCGCCGCCCAGUGAUGGCCACUUCGGGACACCUAAGGUGGCAGUGGUCAACCCCCAGCCAAAAGUACCGCCCGCCCCUCCUGGUCCCCCUCCCCCCGCCACCAUCAACUCCUCCUGGGGCAAGGGCUCCCUGAAGAAGGCCCUUCCCCCCACGCUGCAGCGGAACCAGCCGUCUCCCCCGGCCCUGUCCCCGCCUCCCAAGCUGCCCACCUCGCCCCCCAAGGGGAACGGCAACAACGGCGUCCCCCAGCCGGGCAACUUCAUGGACGACCUGAACCGGACUCUGAAGCGCAAGUCGGUGAGCCGGCAGGGUUCGCUCUCCUCGUCCCGCCUCUCCGGCCCCAACCUGGAACCCGCCGCGGGCACCAUGGACGACAUGGAGUUGGCGCUGCCCCCACCGCCACCCGAGUUGCUGUCGGGGGGGAACAUCUCAGGCUAUGCAACGCUACGGCGGGGACCCCCGCCGGCCCCACCCAAGAGGGGGGGCAACACCAAACUGACACACUGACCAGGGGAGUGGUAGAAAAGGAGACUGUUGGAUGAUGCCUAUAUUACCUCUCUUGGAGAGGAGCUUCUAUCUAUCACACAGGACCGUCAGUGGAAAUUGACAAACUGAACUCCUCGUGUUCCAUGAUUAUGAUGGUGAAUACUUAACCAUGUAAAUGAGGAAACGCCAAACCAUGUAUCCGCUUCUUCUUCUUUGCCAUAUGUUUGUGCCACGUAAUCAGAAAACCAUAAUAACGACGUUACGAUUCAUUCUGCAUUGGUACUGCAUGGACAUGCUGUAAAACAUGAAGCUCUUUGGUGAGUGUGUGUAUGUGUACCCGUUUGUGUGCGUACUCGUGUAUGUGUGCAUGCGCGUAUUCACAUGCAUCCGUGUGUGAGAGCGAGAGAUAGAAGGGGAAAUGGGGGACAGCCCAUAAAGGAAGGCCUCUGUAAUAGGGAUUGUUAUUUUGCCUCUGUUUUUAUAUGACAUUAUUUAAUACAUUUAAAGAUUUUCUUAUUUUUUUAGUUAAGUUUUUAAAAGCUAGUUGGCUAAAUCAUGAGAUGCGGAUAAGAUUGAAAAACUUUAGAAUAUAGGCUGAGGUUAUUUUAAUCAAUGAGCUAAGAAUUCCCAACAUUUCCUAAGUAUUCUCUGAAUGUUUUACAAGUGUCUCGCUCUUUGUGCUGUGAUUCGGUGACACGCGAAUCGGGAUGCCUUUUUUUCACAGACGAUUGCCCUCUCUCGAAAGAAUCUCCAAAUAAAAAAAGGAAAUUCCCUCCUAAAGGCACAAAGCCAUGACUGUGCAACUGGAAACAUUUGUGACUUGGUUAGUGUUUUAUUUAAUGCGUAACAUUUUUUGCUUAACUGAAGACUGAAACGGCACGAGGCAUAUCGUGUGUAUGUCUUCGAGGGCCCCUUUAGUCUGUGGGGUGUGUGCUGUGUUUGUUUGACCUGACCUGCAUCUGGGUCGUGUUCAUUAGGCACCAAGCAGAAGAAAACGGACUGUGAAACGGGGAGGAACUCACUGGAUUGUCCAAUAAACACACACUUUCGCUUUUCGUUGCUACAUGUUCUAAAAUGUUUGGUGCCUAAUGAACAUCUGCUUCUGUUUAUCUGUACAGUAACAGCCCUUGCUCCCCUCCCAUUGGCCCCUGACGCCUUUAGAUUGUCACGUGACAUGGCCUAAAAAUUAUAGAAAUAUAAUGUACAGAGUGGGGACAGCUGUGCUCCAGGUGCAGUUUACUAUAUACUCAGUUAUUCUCAACAUGGUGGCUAAAAUUGAAGCGACAUGUUGUUGCUUGAAGGUACUGAGCAUUGAAUUAUGUUAUUAGCAUUAGACUAGACCUGACUGGCAAAAUUAACCCACAAAUUCCCGUCUGGCUUAUUUUUAUGGCCUAAACAUCCCAGUGUAGUGCAAUUUCCUGCUUCUCCUGCCAAAGUGCAGUGCAGAGAGAGGGGGUGGUGUUCUCGCAGCAAUGCCUUCAUUUCAAGGGUGCUAGUGCUUAUUAUCCUAAUAAGCCUGGAUAUCAAUGGGCAGACAUCUUAAGUUCAAUGUAGGGUUUGUCCCAAUUCUCCAGUCUUCUCCCGAAUUGUGAACAUCCUGGAUUAGAUUGGUAUAAGCAUUAGCUACGGUUUCCAUCAUUGUUAGCAAUAGGUACAGUAUAGCGACCAUAACCACAAAGCUGAAUGACCGUACUGAACUCAAGUGGACCAUGAAUGUUGAGGGACCACUACUAGACACAACACAUGCUGUCAUAUUAAUCUUGCUUAUCUACAUUGCUCUGUAUUGAUGAAGUUGGCUCUAGACGCUGAUCUUGGGUCAUUUUUGCUGCUAAUGGUUGUGGGCAGGGAAGCUGAUCCUAGAUCUGUCCCCAGGGGAAACUUCACCCCAGAGCCUGUGCAUUUUCAUGAUUGAAUAUUAUCCUUUUCAGGUUGUUGGUUUGCAGUAUGUCAAACUGAAGUAGGCAUUAAAUUAUUGAAGUGUUGUAUCUGAUUUUGGGGGCCAAAUGAAGAAAACGGGGGGAGAUUGCAGACCAAAUGUCUCUACUUGCAUAUAAACCGAAGAUCACAAUAUAAAUGUUGAAAUCAUACCUCGA